CUCCCCUCGCAGAGGUUCGAACAAAAAAGAAAAAAAAGAAAAAAAGAAUCCCGAGAAUUCCUCCAGGAAUAACAUGGUUCGUUCUACCACUCGGCUGUGUCCUCAAUUCUGCAAAUCGUGAAUUUGGCUCAAGAAAUAAGCAUAAACUGUACCGGAUUAUCUUGAAGAAAGAGAAGGAUAAGAAAGAGAGAUUGGGAACAAGAAAUUGGACCGCAAGAAAACUGGCAUGGGAUUUUAGCGGGAGAAAAAUGAUGCGUAGAAUCAAUUUUGUGAAAUGGGUUACCAUUUUCUUCAUGAUUCUACACCAAAUUUCGCCCUUCAAUUCGGUGUUUUCAUUGUGCGAGUUCAGUUUCCUUAACAAUGGCAAGAUGUACAACUUCAAUCUGGCAUCGCCUGUCUCCAACUUUCCUCAUGGAAUUCUCAGCGAAGACGGAUUUUACAGAACAGCAGCCAAUGAUUCUAUUCUCUGGUUUCAGCUUUGCGAUGGGAUGAUUUUCAAUCAUGAUCCACCUAUGUGUGUUGACUGCUUGGAUUGUGGGGGACCCUUGCACUGUGGGAUGGGCUGUAGCGCACUUGUAGCGAGCAAGGUGGAUGGCUAUGAUGUAUGCACAACCAUUGGUCAUGCACUAAGCACGAACAUUAGCAUCUUUGAUAUUAAAAAUCCCCAGAGAGGUGUCAUUGUUAAGAUGUCAAAAAUUGACACUAAGGUCAAGUGCUCACUUUCUGUGUCUGUAAUUUGUACGACAGAUGGUAUUCAGGCUCCUCAAACGUUGGAAAAGAUGGGGCCCUGCGACUAUGCUACGUCGUUUAGUCAUCCAUCCGGUUGUGCAAAGAUUGUACACGUUGAUAGAAGUGGCUGGGGCUUCUUUGGAGUCUUCAUAACCAUCAUUUUGUGCCUUUUUGGAGGAUAUCUUUUGGCUGGGAUAGUCUACCGAUAUUUUUUCCUCAAAGUUCGUGGUAUUGAUGUUAUUCCAAACCUGGAAUUCUGGCUUAGCUUACCUCAUAAAGUGCAGAGUUUGUUUGCAUCUUUGGUACGAAAAUUCAAGGGACCCUCUCGAGGUCAUCGAGAUAGUUACUCCCCGGUUGACUUCUGAUCGCAUACAUUUUUCGCUUCAGAUUGCUGGGAAUUUUGCCACAAGAGGUCAUCUCCUCCAAUUGCAUCAACAACCCUAUAAACUGCUAUGGAAAACUGCAUUUUGUACUUGAUGUAUUAGAACAGAGAGAGAGAGAGAGAGAGAGAGAGAGAGAGAGAGAGAGAGAGAGAGAGAGGGAGAACGAACCCUUUCCUCCAUAACAUAACUCAGUCUUCUCCUAAGAGAAGUAGGCUUCAUUUUUUUUCUCUUUUCACUGUAGUCCCCAAGAAUAUAGGUUUCUUUUUAUUUUUUUCAUGAAAGAUGAUCUGAGACAGACAUAUUCAGAGAAGUAGAGGGGUGGAGAUGGUGGGAGAUUUUGAUUGGUACUAUGGUAUGUGUGAACUUUUGUUAAAAAUGGGGAGUAGGAGAAGGAAUUAUUACAUUGCUUUAUUUAUUUUGAAUUGACACCAAUAAAACUAGGUAGUGCUGAUAUUAGGAGUGUAGCCAUUAUUUUUUCUUGUUCUUUUUUUAAUCACUUUUAAAAUAAAACAAAAUAUUAUUACC